GGCACAUGCAGUGAUUUCUGUAAAGCCUGGACAUCUCUCCAGCACCAACCUGUAUCCCUGGUCUCCCUUAAAUAACUCCUUUCAGUAACAGGGAGAAGGAUAAUCCCAAGCACAGACAAAACGGGCUCAGAGGUUCGUUUAUGUAAGGGCUGUGUAAAGGUCUCACACCCAUCUGUGUGCGUUUAAUGAUGGCAAGAGGGAGCUGGGCUGAGGGGUCUCUCACAUGGGGUUUGGGCUGGUGGCACAGCUUCCAUCCUUUCUAAGAGAAAGAGGAACAAGUAGUGGUCACGUUUUGCUCAUGCUUGGAAUUACCAGCAAAGUCUAAAGAAAGCUGAUCUGGAUUUACCUUGCUGAGUGCGGAUCUGGCCCUGUGGAAGUGUGUUAUUUAAGAACCGGUGAGUUGGUGCGCGAGAGAGGCAGCAGCAGAAGCUGUGAAGCUCGGGGAAAAAGCUGGGGUGUGUCUGCCACAAAACCCUGGAGCUGCUCUGGUGGAGGGGAACGGAGCGCUGAGGACAUGGUGGGGACACGGCCCAGCUUUGCUUGGGGUGCCCUCGGUGUCCUCGCAGAGUUGCCCCAAGUCCUCCUCCGUGACCCUUCUGCAAGGACUGUCCUAGAUUUUGCAGUCUCCCAGGACCUUUUCUCACACAUUUUCCUGCCUGAUGGUCCUUUGCAUUUCCCAGCCCCAGCUGGAUUGGGCUGGUUGGCCCAUGCUGUCGUGGAUCCCUCUUGGUGCUCCCUUUCAAAGGUCUCAGCAUGCCCAUGCUACCUCUUGCCGGCAUUUCCACCUGGGUCCCCAGCCCCCGCUCUCCGCCGACUUCGCCCUGCCUCACGCGGUGCAGCCGCAGCCGGGGCUGGCUCCCCACAUGGCCCCCGCGCACCAGCACAGCGGCCCCCUGCACCAGCCCCUGGCGCCGGUGCCAGCCCUGCCCUUCCAGGACGUCACCGGGCCCUCCUUCCUACCUCAGGCGCUACACCAGCAAUACCUCCUCCAGCAGCAGCUCCUCGAGGCGCAGCACCGCCGGCUCAUGCCCCAUCCCAGGCGGGCCCAAGAGCGCAUGUCUGUCCAGCCUCACCGCCUACACCCCAGCUUCGACUUCAGCCACCAACUCCAGACUCCACAGCCCAUGGGGCCCCAGCCCAGGUAUUUGGCAGAGGGCACAGACUGGGACCUCAGCGUUGAUGCGGGGCUGACUCACGCCCAGUUCCAGGUCCGGCCGGUGCCCCAGCCCUAUCAGCAUUACUUGGCUACGCCUCGGAUGCACCAUUUCCCCAGAAGCACAUCCUCAACGCAGAUGGUUGUUCAUGAAAUCAGAAAUUACCCUUACCCUCAGCUUCAGCUGCUUGCUCUUCAGGGACUGAACCCAAGCAGGCACACGUCCGCCGUGCGGGAGAGCUAUGAAGAGCUGCUGCAGCUGGAGGACAGGCUGGGAAGUGUGAGCCGGGGCGCCGUCCAGAACACCAUCGAGAGAUUCACCUUCCCCCACAAGUACAAGAAGGCUAGGAAGCUGCGGGCCAAAUUUUCAAAAGGGUCUCAACCUUCUCCCACCCAGCGGGUGCAAUUUCCCCCCUGUCCGCACCUGAGAAGACCACAGGAAGGCAAAGCUGAGCAAGACGAUGGCGAGGAGUCAGAUACCGACGAGAAAUGCACAAUCUGUCUGUCCAUGCUUGAAGACGGAGAGGACGUCAGGCGGUUGCCCUGUAUGCAUCUCUUUCACCAAGUGUGCGUGGACCAGUGGCUGGCCACCAGCAAGAAGUGUCCGAUCUGCAGGGUGGACAUUGAAACUCAGCUCGGCUCGGACAGUUGAAAAGACUAGCUGGACACACCAUUUUCCUUACCAGGUCGUACGGCCAUAAACCCUUGCAGCGAAAUUUUUUGCCUUCUGAGCCAUUUGAUUGAGAGGGGAAGUCUGCAGGCACGUUAGUGAGGAGGUGGAGGUGGUGAUACAAUAUCUAGCAGUAGGGAGAUAUUGCACAUAUACGCAGGAUACAGGCCCAGUGAAAGGGAGCUGGCAUUCCCGGAGCUCAGAGACCCCGUGCUGCAGAAGAUUUUAGUGUUGAACAUGAAGGAACUAGUUGUAGUCCGGCCUGUCAAUCCUGCUUUUAAUGGGGAUUGUAUAUAUACCUCUCAAAUAUGUAGAAACAUGUUAGGGGUCCUUUAGCUAUUUCUAUGGAUGGCAGCUGGAGCAUGUUAGCUUAAGAAAUGUUGUGUUUGAUGCCCUACUCAUCUUGUGGUGGACAUGUUGCUGUUACCUAAUUUGCACCAAAUAUUUUUUCAUAGAUUCCUUAUUUUGGUGCCUGAUUAAUACAUUGCAGAGGGAGAAAAAAAGACGUCAAACUUUCCCACCCCUUGGGGUGGGGGAAAGAGGAGAAAAAGCAAAAUCCUGUUUACAGUCAGAAGGGUUUGCGCUCUUUGCCUCAGCCGCGUGUGCUUCUUUCCCUUGCAUUUACAGUGUGUUGCAAAUUUAGAGAAGCUUAAUGAAAAUAAAAAUAAAGAUUGGGGAUAAAAUGAACGAAGCAAUAGGGAAAAGCUUCGUUCCUGCUUGUCUGCUGGUGCUGGACACUUUCUGUAGCAGCACAGUAUUUGAGUAGAUGCUGUUUCUUUGCUUUCUGUAUCUUAAAAAAGUAGCUUGUCAUAUCAAAAUCCAAGGAAGUUCUGUCUACAUGAUUGCAAUUGUCCGUGAUGCUUUCUUCUGUGAGCUGUGUGGCUGGUUGGCUUUGCCAGCACUGCUCCAAAAUGAUGGUUAUGGGAGCCUGCGCCUACAGCUGUUCUUUGGGGUGUAAUAACCAGAGAGGUGCUGAGAGGUGCAAAAUGCCGACCCCUCUCCCAUUGCAAAAGCAUCUCUUGAUAACGGGAUGGAGGAAAACUCGAUGCUCACAAGACACUGCCGAGACCAUGAGCCCUUGGGUGUGGGAGGGGAAGGCAGGGUGGAGGUGGGGUUGCCACUUUUGGGAGCCUUGCUGCUGGGCUGUGACCCGCCUCAAAGUGUGCGCACCCGUGCCCACGUGGGCUUGUGUAAGUGUUUCAGGCUGUGCCCACACGGAGUAAUCAGUGGUUGUCAAAAUGAAACUUAAUCACAUUAACACUCAAAACAGAAUUAAGAGGUAAAACCCAAAGGAGCGAGCUGUUGUGAUCCAUGCUCCUCCUGAAAAAAAAAGGCCUCAGCACACCAACUGCAGGGACCGGGUGGAAAAUCCUCGGGAAAACCAACAUUCACAACCAAAACCUGUAGUUUUCUUUUUUUUUCUUUUUUUUUUUUCUUUCAUACUAGGGGAGAAAAGAGCUGCAGAGGAGCAGCAGGGGAAUUAGAAACAUAACCUAUUGAAAAUGCUGGUGUGGUGGGAAUGAUUUCUGGCUCCUCUGAGCAUCUGUUUCACUGGAGAGAAAUGCUCUCCCAAGUAGAUUCAAUCAUAAACUAUCAUCUGAGAAACUGCAAGAUUCACAUGAGCUGUAACUGGAAAACACCAGCCUCAGAGGCACCACACAGAUUUCUUUUUUCUUCCCAAUGAGAGAAGGGAGAGAAGGAGGGAAGCCCCAUGUGAGGGUGCAGGAGCCUCUCUCUUCGUGUGCUCAUGCAGGUGGGAAGGAGUGGAGGGGGACAAAUGGUGACAUAUAGAGAAGACAUAAGAAAUUCUUGGCUGUGAGGGUGGAGAGGCCCUGGCACAGGUUGCCCAGAGAACCCUGGAAGUGUCCAAGGCCAGGUUGGAUGGGAUUGGAGUGACCUGGUCUAGUGAAAGGUGUCCCUGCCCAUGGUAGGGGGUUUGGAAAAAGAUGAGCUUUAAGGUCCCUGCCAACCCAAACCAUUCCAUGACUUUAUGACACAUUUGCCACCCAGCACAAGUGACGGCUUCUUGGGGGAUGUGGUGGUCCCAGCCCUGAUGUCCAUGGGUCAGGGAGUGGCCCAUGAAUACCUAUAGGGCUGGGUCCACCAGCAUUGAAGCAGCAUUACAGAUAAUACUAAUAAAACUAACAACGUGGACAAGCAAAGCAAGGCUUUGGUGGUAAAACACACUGAGCAGGUUUGCUCUGUCCAGGUGUGACCUGGAGGGGCGAAACAGGGAGAGUAACAGGGGGAUUGAUACCCUCGCUGGGUGGGCAGGGAACGAAGAACGCUUCUGGACCACGUGUUUUCUUUUAAAGCCUAUGAGAAAGUGUUACUAUUUGCCUAAUAAACAAGCACAGUUUUUAAAAAAAAAAAAAAUCGAACAAACUUAAAAAAAAACAAAACAAAACAACAAACCUUUGGUGAAGAAAAGCACCAAACUCCCAUGGUGUCGUGUGAGUGACUGAUCCCAAGUGCGUGCGAAUUUACAGUAUCUGGAGUUGUAUCGGUGUGUCAGGUUCCUUUGCAUUUAAAUAAUUUGUACAAGUAGGUUGCGAGUUAGGAUGAGUUUAAAAACAAAGCGAAACAAACAUCAACAACAACAACAACAACAACAACAACAAAAGAAAUCUAGAAACAAAACAUCAAUAGUUUACAGGGUUUUGUGAGUUUAAAUGCCUUAUAUUUAACAAUCAUAAUUUAUGACUAACUUGUAGAUAUUGUGGGUUCUUAUUUAAUUAUUUUUAUAGUUGUUUUUUUGCAUUUUUAAUUAUAAUUUAUUUAUUUAGAAAUUACUACUAAUUUUUUUUAUUACUCCUAUUACCUCAUUUUUGCAUUGUUUCUGGGAAUGGAAUGCUUUGCAUGCAUCGGUACUUAAAAAAAAUUAAACAGGGGAUGUGGGGGGUAAUGCUUAUCUUGUCAAAAACAAACAAAAAAAAAAAAAACAAAAAAAAGAGAAAAAAAUCAGGGUGUGUGAUUACAAACUGUAUUACUGUGGUGCUGUUACCUUGGAUACAUUCCAUAAAAAUGCAAACCUUUGAUUCUGUAUGCUGUGACAUAGUGGAAAACUGCAAUAUAGUGACUGUGUUUAGCACAUAUAUAUGAACAUUAUUUGCACUCAUAAUCAAACUCUGGUGAUCCUUUCACUUGUGUCCUUGCGCAUUGAAGGCGAUUAACGACGCUCUGCAUAAACCAAAAUGUUUUGGUUGAUUCUUGGUACUGCCCUGUCCCUGAUGCCUCUGGUGAUGCUGCUGCUGCUGCUGCUGCUGCUGCUGCUGCUGCUGCUGCUGCUGCUGCUGCUGCUGCUUGUGUGACCCUGCAAUAACACCUAGCGGGCCCCACUGCAAGGCUGUGCUUGGGGCAAUGCAUGCCUUUAAUGCAAGACUCUGCAGAUUGUGUCAAAAUUGGAGGAAGGAAGGCCAGGUGUGGUGGGUUUGUGUAAUUUUUGGCGUCUAUCAGUGCUCGGUUUGGCUCUUUUCACCCUCUGUGUGUGCGCCCAGCUGGGGUAAAGGAGGCAAUAGGGUGAGCCUGAGCUUGGAGGCAACAGAACUGAGGGACUCAAUGCAGUUUUUAGGGGUUGACCUCUUUACUCAGAGGCUAGGAGGGCUCUGGCACAGGUUGCCCAAAGAAGCUGUGGCUGCCCCAUCCCUGGAAAUGUCCAAGGCCAAAUUGGAUGAGGCUUGGAGCAGCCUGGGCUAGUGGAAGGUGUCUCUGCCCAUGGUAGGGGGUGGAACGAGUUGAGCUUUAAGGUCCCUUCCAGCCCAAACCAUUCUGUGAUCCUGUGACACCCUGUCUAGCUGAGAGCGGUUGGGAUGGACACGGGAUCCAUUUGCCAUCUCUUUGCAACACCUGCCAUGAGCACUGGCUAUAACCCAGCUCUGAGACAUGCAAGGCACAGAAGCAUUUAGCACUGAUCUCACCCAGUUGGUUUCAUCCCUCCUGUACAGGGGGGACCCUCAGUUUGGAGCUUUUUAAUCCAGUGUAGAGCUGGGACAUGCCCCAGAGCCCUCCUGUCCCCAAGAAGGGGGUCAGCCCCAAACAGACAUGUCCAAGCAUCCCCGUCCUGCCAUGGCUGCGCCGCUCUUGCAAUGCAUUGCCCUUUCCCCAAAGGCUCCUGAGUAUCACGUGUUCCAGCUUUGCAAGAAGGUUAGAGAAUCUCUGAUAACAUUUUAAGCUUUAAGCCAUAAUCACACUCAGUCAGUGCAGACACUCAGCUGUCUAGAGACACAAGUGGGGUUUGAUGCAUGUGCUCAGCCAGUAGCCAUCCUCCCCACAAAAAGGCUUUGGAUGACAUUCUCUGUUGGGUUAGAAAGGCACAAAAUCACAGUACCUUAAUUUUUUUCUCUCUGUCCCUUCAGGGUGCUGCGCUGCUUUGUUGACUUUGCCUUACCCCGGGUUUUAAACCUGCCUGUGUUUUUCACCUUGCUGCUCUGUAACACUCCUCCUCUGUAGCCUGGAGCUGUGAUUUUGAGCUGUGUGGGGACAGGGGGGUUGGUUGUCAUCCUCCCCAAAGUCACUGUAAGAGGGAUAAGCAAAACAAGAAGCGAGCAAACAAAACCCCCUCUCCUUUAAUGACCCGGGCAGGUGAAAGGAUCACCCACAUUUUUGUAUUCCUACUGCUGUUCUGUUGUGCUGUGCAACAUUUUGCUACAUAGACUAUUUUAUAGAAGAAAGCUAGAAAAAUAUUUAUUAUUAAUAUUAAAGCAAUAGUGCAUUGAAGAAAUGGAAAGACAUUAGAAAUUGUGUAAAUGCUUAGAUUCACUUUUGGUGGAUUUUUUGUACUUUAUUUAUAACUAAUAAAACAAACUGCAUUGCUAACUAUAAA